CCAGCGCGGAGAAGGGGGGUGGCCGCCCGGGAGUCCCGGGCACCGCGGGGGCCGGCUCCAGUGUGCGUCGAUGUAUGUUCGGGGGCUCCGGAAGGCGAGAGGAGCCGAGGAGCGCCUGGUCCUGCCGGGCGCAUCUCGGGAGCCCCGCAUGUGCGGGGAAGAGCUGAAUCGGGGAGACGGGAAGACGGGGACUGGGGUGUCCUCCAGGCUGAGCUGUUCCAAGAGUCCCAAUUGCUGAGCCCGGCUCCGAGAGCCCCCUAGCAAGAAGCUGCCACCAUGUUCAGCGUCCUGCACUUUCUGCGGAGCUUCUUCAAGACUCCAGAGCCGGAGGUACAGCCUGGUGAGGACGAGACAAAAGACAAAGUGCUGUCUUCAGCAACUCCCAGAGAUUCAGAGCCCCAAGAAUGGAGCCUGGACACAGACCAGGAUGACUCCGAGAUGCUGUCCCACCAGAGUGAAAGUCAAUCGGAUACAAAAACUGAGCCCUUUGAGAGUGCCUCUGACUCCGAAUCUCUGUCUGAGGACUGCACCCCUCCAAGUGACAACUUGUCGGACAGAGGAACACAUUGGAGGGACACUGAGGUGUCGGCAGCCAACUCUCAGGAACAAGAUCUGAUAGACACCCCUGAAUCUGAUCCAGAGGAAGAGCUAGAUUUGCCCCCUGACUCUACCACAGAGACUUACCAAAAUGAGGACCUUGACCUUACUGCAGUGAGUGGAGAAAAGCAGGUAGGAUGCAGCCAAGUCAUUGUGGACAGGUGUGAGCAUGCGUCUCCUCCCACAGGGACCCCUCAGCACCCAGGAGACUGGCAGGACGCCAUGGGCAUCCACAUGCUCCAGCCAGCAAAGCACUUUGGGGGACUUUCUGCUUUUUCUCGUCAGAAAUCCAGGUCUGAAAGCUGUCUGGGUAUCCCAGUGGCCAGGCCCAUCCUUCUGUGCUGCUGUGAACUGGGUCAGGGCUGGCUGCAUAACCAAAACAGAGCCACGGGACUAGUGCUGCCUGGCAGAGUUUCACAGGCUCACACCGUCCCUUCCAGAGCCCCCCAGAUGAGAAAAGAAAGUGGUUCUGUAAAGCAUCCUGAUUUGUUUUGGCCUCCAUUUGACUUUGAUGCCCCCUGCCAGCCUCCUUUGGGAAUGUCUUGCUUUCUCUGCAUCAAGUGUCAUGAUAACACUCCAGCCAAUCUUUAUGACAAAGACAGACCAUUCCUAGGAUGCUGCUGUCUGCACAUGAGGAAACUAGUCAGGGCUCACUCUAUAGAAUGGUUUCCUGUAAGACACCCCAAGGAUCUCCAAGAACAGAACUUUGUGAAUUUGGGCACCCAUUUGAAGGAAGGGAUCAUAGAACAAGAACACAAAAAACCUCAAAACUCUCUUUUCAUGGCUUCUGCCCAAGAAUUUUCUCUCGGUGGUACACCCCAAAAGAGGACUCCAUGUUUACAAGGUCAACAUAAAUGCUGUACUCCCUGCUGCAAGAGGGCUUUUCAGCACACACCCUCUGAACUUCUCUUGCUAGAAAACCAGUUGCGACAGGAUUCUGGGUCCUGCCCAGCGUCUUCAUGCCUUACUACAGAGCUGGGGAGCCUCACUGCAGAAGAAGUGCUGGUACCUAUAACCUGCAAGUCAGAACAGAGCCCAGAACAUAGUCUGGAGGAGCCCCGAGGUUUUGGCCUCACACCAAGCACCGCUGAUGGGAGUGAUAAACAAAAGCAUCUUCAAGACAUUUCUGUUGAGGCAGGAAACUCGACUAAUAAUUACACAUCAAAGUAUGUUCUCAGUGAGAACAGAGAGCUACCUGCUAGGGCCAAGUUCCCACAUCGUACUGGCAAUAGCGGGUCACGAUGGUGGAACAGAGUCUGGCUGGGUCACCCUGGAGCAAAUGAAAACUCAGAUGCUCCAGGGACCACCCUGAAAUCUAGUGCAACAGACACUUCAGAAGGAGUCAGAGAUGGGGUAAUUCUGCUCUUCAACUGUGAUGAAAGUGCCUUGGAGAACUUUUUAGAAACAACCCCCACUCUGUCUCACUGCAAUGGUGGCAAUACAGAGUGUAGGCAGGAGCUGCAGGAGGACUCCAAAGCUGGUCAGGGUGGUCUGCAUCUGGAACCUGUAGCGGACACAUCUAUGGGCAGUGAUGUUUCUGUUGAGCAGAAAAGGCUGCAGGAUACCAGGGAGAAUCCACUUGCCAUGGGAUGGGAGAAGACGACCAGUCUCAGUGCCCCCUGCGUCAAGCUACAGAUUUCAGGACAGCUUUGA